UUACUGACGUUUUCAUUAAUUUAUAACUUAAAAAGGUGUCGGUCACUACACUAUUCGUGCCCAAGAUAGCUUAAAGGAGGUUUCAUCGAAAACCACAGUCACAACACACACACAAAUAUGCGUUGUCCACAACCUUCAGCCGGUGCGCUAAUUUCACUCUCGCUGCUUCUGUUACUGCUGAGCACCUGCUCUGCGCUCUACGAGGACCAGAUUAAAAAGUUCGACUGGCGCAGCGUUCAUGUGGGUGCUCUAAAGCAUGCCCACGUCGACCUGAAACACUUUCAGCCGCGUGUGCUGCUAACUACGCAGGAGCAAGUGGUUGCCUCGCUAUGUCCAAAGACCGGUCAGAUCAUAUGGCGGCAGGUGCUAGAACAAAGAGCACGCGGCGACAUCAAGAUGCUGCAGGUGAGCGGGUUUGCUGAUGGUAGCAGCGAUACGGCGGCUGCUCCAAUGGGAUCUCAUCUAGGAUUCGAUAUGCUGACGGUGCAGGGACAUGCGCCUGCUCUGGUCCGUGGCUGGAACACCAACAUUGGCACCAUUGAGUGGGAAUGGUCCAUAAUGCCGCUGCAUACGGAGAGGGCACAGGAUGCGGUGUGGUUCUAUAGCAAUUCGAUACUGUAUCAUGUGGUGCCAGCGUGGCGCAGCCAUAUCGAGGUAACCGCCUACUUUUCCACCUCGGGACACACAACGGGCAGCACCAGCAAAAUAAUGGCUGCCUGGAUCAAGCCCGAAAGCUGUCUGCUUAGCGGUAGCUAUUUUGUUUGCCUGGACGGCAAACAACUAAUAAGCUUGGAUUUGGUGGCCAAGAGCACACAGGUCAUCGCCACCAGUCUGGCGGCUGAGCCCAGCAGCAAAAUUGAAACACUUCCCGGGUUGAAUGGCGUGCUGAUUGUCAAUAAGAAACUCGUCAGCGUCAACAAGGAUCAGGCCGUAUGUGGUGAAUUGACCAGCGCCAGCUAUGUUGUGGGCAGCUUUAAUUAUCGCAAAGUUGUGGCCUACGCCGAUUUGGUAGAUGGCAUGCUCAAAAUUAAUGCGGUUUAUUUGGAUAACUGUUCGCCGGUGCCCGAACUGCAGAUGAGCGUAGCCUUUGCCGAGGACUAUGGGACGCCCAGUCUGCGAUCCUUCGACUGCAAACUGAAGCGCAAUGACGACGGCAAAGGUUGCCUCUUUCUGUUUGCCACCAGCGCCGAGUCCAUUAUGGCCGUGCAGCAGGGACGCAUCCGAUGGGCGCGCGAGGAAUCAUUGGCGAAUAUAAUCGAUACACAGUUCAUUGAUUUACCCCUAGCGGAUACAGAGGGCACUCUUGAAAACGAAAUGAAGGGCAAAGCUGUGGAUGCAAACAAUUUGAAGAGUGACAUUGUUACCGCUUUCAUGCGUCGCAUCACCGCACAAGCCCUGCAAAUGAAGAGCAUGUUCUUGCAUCUCAUCGGGCUGGGACCACCGCCAACGGACACGCAACGCGCUGGACUUGUGCGCGACUCAUUUGGUCUACACAAGAUGCUGGUGCUGCUGACGCGUGCUGGCAAAAUCUUUGGAAUGGACAACAUUGCCGGCAAGCAUCAUUGGAAGCUGUAUCUGCCAAAUGUGGCGGGCUUUGAAAAUGCCGAACAGAUGCGUCUGAUUGUGCAGCGCAGCUCCAAGCACUUCCCAUUGCAGCCACUCUGCGCAAUUGUAGCCAAGUUUGUCAAUAAUAGCAAUGGUGUCCUGUUUCGUUUCAAUCCCAUCACUGGUCGCGCUGCUGAAGGCGGACUCCUCCAGCUGGAUUACCAAAUCAAGCAGUUUUCGCUGCUGCCCGAAACGGAGGUAGACUUUGUGAAGGGGAUACUCAUAUUGGAUGCUGCAAAUCAAGUUCAUGUAGAACCAAAGCAUGCAACGCCAUUGGCGGACGGCAUGUAUUUGUACACGGCUGAUGUGAAGACCGCCGAGCUCGAGGGCUACAUUGUAAAAUAUGCGGGCGGUGAAUUGUCAUGCUUGCCCAUUUGGAAUGUGCGACUAGGCGGCCAUAAUUCCGAGCAGCAAAUCAUUAGUGUUGCCGGCAAAAAUCCAAUUGAGCACGUUCAUUCCCAGGGUCGUGUGCUUGGCGAUCGCUCCGUGCUUUACAAAUACAUCAAUCCUAACUUGGUGGCCUUUGUCACACAAGCUCCAGAUGCCGCGCACAAAUCUGUGCUCACUUUGUAUUUAAUUGACGUGGUUUCCGGCUCCGUGAUCUUCUCGAUGACACAUCGCAAGGUGCGUGCACCGCUGAACAUUGUACACUCGGAGAACUGGCUAGCCUACUCCUACUUCAACGACAAAGUGCGCCGCACCGAGAUCACUACCAUCGAACUGUAUGAGGGCAAUGCACAGGCCAACAACAGCGUGUGGAGCUCCUUGCAGGCACCGUUCAUGCCGCUCGUCGAGCGCCAGUCUUACAUCAUACCCACUAUUGUUGAGGCCAUGCGUGAGACCAUCACUGAACGUGGCAUUACCAACAAGCAUGUUCUAAUUGGCACCGCCAGCGGUGGCAUAGUUGAAAUGCCGUGGCACUUGCUGGACCCACGUCGUCCCAUCUCGUCGAGUACGCAGGGACGUGAAGAGGGCGCCAUUCCCUAUAUACCCGAGUUGCCUUUGCCGACGGAGAAUUACAUAAACUACAACCAGACGGUUGCACGUUUGCGUAAUAUCUACACAGCUCCUAGCGGCCUUGAGAGUACCUGUCUAGUCGUGGCCACGGGCUUGGAUUUGUUUGUGACGCGCGUUGCACCUUCCAAAACAUUCGAUCUGCUAAAGGAGGAUUUCGAUUAUAUAUUAAUUUCUAUAGUGCUAGUCGUGCUCACUUCGGGCUCUUUGAUUGUUAGGCAUUUAUCGUCUCGUAAGUUGCUCAAACAGGCGUGGAAAUAGAAGUGGCAUUUUUAUAAAUAUAUAAUUGCUUUAUAUAAAUUGUACUACGACCAAAAAGAUAAAAAAAGAAACGAAGUGGAGUAGACGAAAGAGAAUGAAUUGUAGUAGCUGCAUUUUGCCUAAUAAUGCAAUAAUAACAAUUUUUUCUUGAGGCUUAGGCAAUUAUUUAAAAUUAAAUAUAUAUAAUUAUAUAUAUUAUACAUAUAUAUAGCGUAAAAAGAAAGUAACUAGCUGUUGAAUGAGUUU